AUGAUCCAGUUCCGCGAUCGGAGGCUCAGCGAGAACGGCAAUUUCGAUGGGAUCAGAGCGGAGAAUGGUGACGGCUCAGAUUCUCUACCGGAAUUCGUUGGGAAGUGUGGUGGAACCAGGAUCUUCAAGGUUCCGAUUAGGUCCGCUGCGCAUCCGAAUCGGCCUCCGAGCCUUGAUUGGUUUCAAGAACUGGUGUUGAAUCGGGAUGAUGCGAAUAAUGGUGGACGUGGAGAGAUGGAGCUUGAAGGAAUCCAAACUAAAACAAUUGAAGUAAGAACAAGAAAUUUGGUACCAGCCUAUGGUUAUCUCCGAUCUCCUAAUUCCCAACAAGUGACAAUAGGAUCCUUUCCGAGUCUAAGUAGCAGUUCCCAAGGUGACCAAAUGGCUCCUCUGGAGGGUCAUGGAACAGAGACUGAGCAUGGAGUUGUACAUAAGAAAGAAGAGAGCUUGGGAUCAGAGGGUCAUGGAACAGAGACUGAUCUCGGGGUUGUACAUAAGAAAGAAGAGAGCUUGGUAUCAGAAACAGAGAGCUUGAGCUCAGAAGAAGAGUCCGAAAGCAAGCCUAUAGAUAAUGAAGGAGAAGGAUGA